UAUUAUAGUUUUAAACUCAAUUUUAGUUGUAGCUUUUUAUAUAAAUUUAUUAACAUCAUCAAAAACAGUAACAAUUCAUAAUAAUUUAAAAGUGUAUAGUUUGUUUAAUUUUUUACUAGAAUGCAGUUUACAUUUCCUUGCAAAAGAAAGCGCUGCUAUAACAAAAAUAUAAAUUUCACGCCUUUCCCAAAUUGCGAAAAUGGCGAUCGUGUUCAAGGAAGAUUUACAGGACUCUCAGUGGAGAUAAUUGAUCCCAGUCAGGCUAAAUCGCUGUAUGACAAUGGUUGUUUUGGCAAGGGGAGCAAAUCGCGAGGAGGACCGGCAUCUGGAGACGAGGACGAAGUACUGUUCCUGGGAAUGGAGGAAUCAUGUUUCCUGGCCUUCUAUUUAGACAUUUUAGACAUAACGUGCACAACCGGUGGAAUAAUGGACUUCCAGAUGUUUUUAAAGUUGGCAAUGGACUUAAAUGAAAGAUUUGUGGAAAACUUGGCAUGCUAUUUGUAUUUAAAGUCCAAGAAUUGGGUGAUCAAAAGUGGCAUCAAGUUUGGCGGUGAUUUUCUUAUAUACAAGCAAAGCCCCAGUUUGUACCACGCCAGCUUCUUAGUCAUUGUUCAAGUAUCCUCUGAUUUGGAGUACUAUAAAUCAAAGAACUUGAAAGGCGUUCAACGGGUGGCGGAAACUUCGGAUAAGGAUGUGCUGCUUCUCACAGUCAAUAAACCCAAAGAUAUAGCUACACCAAAGGAACUUAAGGAAACCAAAAUAACAGAGACAAUUGUGCGGCGUUUCAAUUACUUAACUUUUGUACAAAGCAAACAACAAUAAGGAACUAUUCCGGGAUUCUACAA